AUGGCAGACGCUGACGCGACUCACAGUUUUAAUUUCAAAGGAAAGGGGAAGGAAACUUAUGCAGAAUACACGCAAGAUGACAACUUACCAUGGGUUGAGAAAUAUCGCCCUGUUACGCUUGAUGACGUUGUAUCGCAUAAGGAUAUCACGAGCACAAUCGAGAAAUUCAUUGAGAAGAACCGUCUUCCCCAUCUCCUUUUCUACGGACCUCCCGGAACUGGUAAAACUUCCACGAUACUAGCUGUUGCUCGUCGUAUCUAUGGACCGGAUUAUCGGAAACAGAUUCUAGAGCUCAAUGCAUCCGAUGACCGUGGCAUUGACGUCGUGCGGGAGCAAGUUAAGCAGUUCGCGGAAACUCGAACCUUGUUUUCGAAGGGCUUCAAGCUCAUUAUAUUGGAUGAGGCGGACAUGAUGACACAAGCUGCGCAGGCUGCUCUCCGUCGCGUAAUCGAACAAUACACAAAGAACGUCCGUUUCUGCAUUAUCUGCAAUUAUGUCAACAAAAUUACGCCAGCAGUGCAAAGUCGUUGUACUCGUUUUCGUUUCAGUCCGUUGCCAAUUAAGGAAGUGGAACGUCGUCUGGAAGGGGUCAUUGAAGCUGAAAGUGUUAAAUUAACGCCGGAUGGCAAGGACGCACUCUUGAAACUUUCCAAAGGCGAUAUGCGCCGCGCUCUAAAUGUUUUACAAGCAUGCCAUGCAGCCUACGAUGUAAUCGGAGAAACCGAAAUCUAUAACUGCACUGGCAGUCCUCAACCGAAGGACAUUGAGACCGUUGUUACCUCCAUGCUUGGGGAUGAAUUCACGACUUCGUAUGAAAUGAUAUCUGCUCUUAAGAUCGAACGUGGACUGGCCCUCCAGGACCUUAUCACAGGAGCUUAUGAUUACAUAGAGACGAUUGAAUUCGGUUCGCAAGCUCGAGUUUAUCUGCUUGAUCAACUAGCUUCGACAGAAUACCGCCUCUCAACUGGUGGAAGCGAGAAGAUACAGUUGACGGCACUCCUUGGUGCUUUUAAGAAUGCUGUCGAGCUUUCAAAGAAGGACAAGUAA